UGUCACUUCUAUUAGAGAUGGUCAACUCACAGGCGAAAACUUUUAUUCCAACAGUUGUUGAAUCAUCACAAUUCCUAUCAAAGCCUUUGAACCCUAUGCCAAUAAUACGGGAAACAAAUAGAAAUAUAUCUGGACACAAUGUUUGGUGGUCGACAUAUGGCGAAACUUGA